AUGUUCACUGCAAUGGAAUCUAACACCUCGAAAAUAACUCAAAUUUGCUUUGAUUACAAGGUAUUAUCUCGGAACGACGUCAGAACCGAUAUUUUUGCUUUUCAAGUAUUAACAGUAAUAUUUUCAGCCGGAAUUUUACUCGCGAAUGGAAUGUUUUUGUUCAUAUAUAUAACAAAACCGAAAAAGCGUCGUAGCAUGAAAAUAUUAUAUGCGCUUUUGUCGUUUUCAGAUUUCUUAAUUGGAUUAUUUACACUUGCAGUAUUGAGCGUGUCAAAAUACAAGAGUAAAAAUAAACACUGUUACAUGCGAGAUGUGAUGGGUGCUGGUAGAUUCGCUUUAUGGACAAUGUCAUUGUGUGCUAUUGCAGCAAUAUUAGUGGAAAUCUACUUAGCAAUUAUGAAACCACUAACACAUGCGGCACGAAAAGAGAAAAACACUAUUUCAAAAGUGCUUGUUGGAGCUUGGAUAGUUUGCAUUUCCUUUCCCAUUAUUUGCAGGUAUCGUGGACCUCAGUUUUGGGAUGUUUAUUCAAUACUUUCUUGGGCAUUUAUAAUUCUCUUGCUCUGUUUCAUUGUUUUGGUACAAACAACAGUUUAUUUGUACGUGAAACGAAAUCCGCACGUACGAAGUCGAGAUAAACAUGCAGUUGUCACAACAGUGAUUUUUACAUGCUCAUUCUUUGUCAGUUUCAUACCUAUUGCGGUUAUUGGAGUAUAUUCCAAGUUUUCCCGUCACAGAGCGUUUCUUGAAAGUUACGUUUUGCCUUGGGCUCAUUUUAUGAACACCAUUAAUGGACUGGCAGAUCCUAUUGUAUGUGUACUGAGAACAUCCGAAUGGAGAAAAGUAAUAUUUAAUAAAGUCGGAGAGAGAAGUAAUACUGUAGAAUCUGCAUUGUAG